AUGACUAAGAUUCAUACAGAUGCUUAUAAUGUUGGUUCGGCUAUAUACAGGUGGAAUGGAAAAAACAAAGUCGACGAUCAUAAAAUAAGUUCGACCAUAAAUAAAGAAUCGACAGAAAAUAAUGGACGAAAACAAACAAACAAACCAAAUAAUGAUGAGAAAAAAGAACGUGAAUAUAAAGAGAAUUCGGAUUUAGGAAAUAAUGAAGUUGUUUCAUCUAAACCCAAUUCAGAUAAACAAACAGGUAAAAUCGUUGGAAACCCCAAAGAACUUAAUGCUGAUAAUAAUAAAAUUCAAAGUGAAAAAGCCAACAACUCAAGAAAAACUAAUAGAAAUAAACGCCGUAAAACAGAUAAUGAAUUUGAAACAAAUGAGGACGAGAAGACAAAAAGACAACGAAACAAAAAAAGAAACAAAAAGGACGAAAAAGCUAAUCACAUGGACAAAUGUGCUACAGUGAAAGAGAUAAAUGCGAAUCAUUCACAUAAUGAAAAACACAAUAAAAGAGACGAAAACGGUAGUCACAUCCACAAAUGUGGAACGGAAAACGAAAGAAAGGAAAACCAUUCUUAUAAGGAUAAUCAAAAACAAACUGAGCCCUUUUGUAACAAGGAAUACUCAUCUGAAAAAUGUGAAGCCACUCCUGAUGACAAAAAUAAUGCCAUAAGAAACAGCAGGAUUCACACUGCCAGGGAUUCGCGUGAAGCUGCUAUCAGAAAAAUAGAAAUGAAAAAUACUGAUUCCGAGAUUACUAGACCGAAAUCUGCGCAAGACUCGAAGUAUCCAGAUAAAGGAAGUCUUGAAUCACAUGAAAACAACCAAAAUCAAACUGCGCCCCCAAAAUCACAAGUACAGACCCUUAUAAUGGUAGGUGAAGCUUGCUGA